AUGAAAACUUUAUCCCUAGUUAUCAAGGAACGUAAUGAGAUGGGUAUCUUGCGAGAAUAUGUUGUUGGUUCAUUUGGUACAAAUGAUCCAAAGUAUAAGGUCACGGGUGGCCCAAGCAAUGAAGUGGUAAAUUGUGCUUGUAAUCAUUUUGAGACCGUUGGGAUAUUAUGUUGCCAUGCGUUGAAGGUGCUUGAUAACUUAGACAUAAAGUUAAUUCCUAGUGCUUACAUUUUGAAGAGAUGGACACGUGAAGCAAGAGAUGGAAUACUCGAGAAGCAUGGUUUAGAUACUCAGGGGAAUGGUGACAUGAAUGUUACUGAUAGAUAUAGAGAGGUGUGUCCCAAGUUUGUGAAGAUAGCAGUCAAGGGCUCAAGGGCUCACAAACUAUUCGGAGAUAUGAAUUUAGCAAGAAGAUGAUCUUGACCAUAAACA